UUGUUGGCCAUUGUGUUUAAUCCGCUUUCAGUGAUUAUGGUAACUCGAUAAAGAAGCUUGCCCAUGUGUUUAAUAUUUAAACAAUAAUAUUCUUGAAUUAUUAACAUUGAAAAAUAAACACGUGCUAACAAUGACUGAUGAAAAUCAAGCCAAGUUGCAAGAAGAAUAUAAAGAACAAGCAGAAAUUGUUCGAACAUUGAAAAAUUCUAAAGCUGAUGCUACUUUAGCCACUGAAAGAUGUGUAGAUGUAACAUCAACUUUUGAAAAACUAAAUUCAGAACUUGCAAACGUUAGUUUUAUUGGUGGUUGGCUUCCAAGUUCUCAAGAUAUUCAAUUAUUUAAAAUUUGUAAAUCGUUUACUAACAGUAAUAUUAAUAACUGGCCUCAUAUAAAAAGAUGGCUGAAUAAUCUCCAAAGUUAUUCUGAAGAUGAAUGUAAAAAGUUGGUUGUAAACGAAAAAAAAUAUAAUAAUUCUUUGGAGGAAAUUGUAUUAAAUCUUACUUUAAAAUCUAAAUCUAAUUGUAAUAAAAAUAUUGAUGAAAAGAUAAAUGAAGAGGUAGCAAAGCUAUUAAAAAUCAAAGCACAAUUAAAAAAUGGAGAUGACUCUGGUAAACUUAUACUUAAAACUCCAAAAGGAACAAGAGAUUAUAAUCCAGAACAAAUGGCAUUACGACUGGGUGUUUUGGAAAAAAUAGUCAAUAUUUUUAAACGUCAUGGAGCAGAAACUAUUGAUACACCUGUUUUCGAACUUAAAGAAGUUCUUACCGGAAAAUAUGGAGAAGAUACUAAACUUAUUUAUGAUCUUAAAGACCAAGGAGGAGAACUUUUGGCUUUAAGAUAUGAUUUAACAGUUCCAUUUGCUAGAUAUUUAGCAAUGUCAAAAAUAACAAAUAUUAAAAGAUAUCAUAUUGCAAAAGUGUAUCGCAGAGACAAUCCAUCAAUGACAAAAGGCCGUUAUCGAGAAUUUUAUCAAUGUGAUUUUGAUAUUGCUGGCCAAUAUGACGCAAUGUUACCUGAUGCUGAAUGCGUUAAAAUAGUUGUUGAGGCAUUAAGUGCAUUAGAUUUAGGCCCAUUCGUAAUUAAACUAAAUCACCGAUGUCUUUUAGAUGGAAUUUUUGCUGCCUGUGGUGUUCCUAAAGAUAAAUUUAGAACCAUUUGCUCUUCAGUAGAUAAAUUGGACAAAAGUCCUUGGGAAGAAGUCAAAAAAGAGAUGGUUGAAGAAAAGGAACUUGAUGAAUCGAUUGCUGACAAGAUCGGAUAUUAUGUAUCUAAACAUGGAGAUGCUUCAUUAAUCGAUGAAUUAAGAAGCGAUGAAGUUUUAAUGAAACAAAAAUCAGCAAAGGAAGGCCUUGAUGCGAUGGAAUUAUUAUUAAAGUAUUGUAAUCUCUAUCGAGUGUCUGACAAACUUUUAUUUGAUUUAAGUCUGGCUAGAGGAUUAGAUUAUUACACUGGUGUUAUCUACGAAGCUAUUUUAAAAGAUAGCGAAGUUGGAAGUGUAGCAGGUGGUGGACGUUAUGAUAAUCUUGUAGGGAUGUUUGAUGCAAAGAAGAAAAAUGUGCCUUGUGUAGGAGUGUCUAUAGGAGUAGAGAGAAUUUUUAGUGUUUUAGAGAACCGUAUUGCAGAUCAAGGAAAAAAGACGAGAACGACUGAAGUUGAAGUUUACGUUGCAAGUGCACAAAAAAAUCUUCAUGAAGAAAGAAUGCGAAUUAUUGCAGAAUUGUGGGAAGCUGGAAUCAAAGCAGAACAUUCUUAUAAAAAGAAUCCUAAGAUACUUUUGCAAUUGCAACAUUGUGAGGUGAAUGGAAUACCUUUAGCAAUUAUUAUUGGUGAGGGAGAAAUUGCAAGAGGUGAAGUAACGCUCAAAGAAGUCAAUACAAGAAAAGAACGACCAGUUCAACGACUCAAACUUGUUGAAGAAAUUAAGAAAUGGUUAGCAGAAAAUCAGCUAUCUCAAUCUUAGAAUAUUUUUUAUAAUUUUUUCUCUUUUUUUAUUGAAAAAUUACAUGUGUUUUUGUUUACCAACAAUUGUUGGUAAUUGAUUUCUCAUGGCUUUUUUUUAUAAAACACCUUAGAUCAAAUUGAAAGUAUAGGAAAGCAAUUGCAUUAAUUUAUUUUGUCAGCUUUUACAUUAAAAAAAAAGUUGCUAAAUA